CGAGAUGUGUUUACUUGCAAUUUUAAUUUAGCGAAAAUUUUAUUGUGUGUUGCAAAAAUUUGCAGUUUAUUUUUCGCUAAGGUCAAGUAUGCGUUUAUUUACAACGAAAAUGUUCUCGUUACAGAGUAGGAUUACUAUACCUAAAUUCAGAUUUUUUUCAGUAAAUCGUAGUCUAAUCUUCAAAAGUAGAAAUCAGACUUGUUCAAUCCUAACUUCUUCCCAUGCUAAAUAUCUUCGUGAAUUAUUGUGUUCUGUGAAAUUUAUGAAUUUAAAAGUACAUGCGUUUAAUUUUCAUUCGUGUUCCAAUGAAGAACAGAAAGAAUCUAUGCUAACAAAGAAUGAUUCAAAGAGCUGUUUUCAGCGGUUGUUACAUCUUCGCAAAAAACAAGCUGAGAGCUCUAUUUUAUUAAAAAAACCAAGUAAAGAAGAUAUUAAUUCAGUUACAUCUAUAUGUGAAGAGUAUGGCACAAUUAAAAGUUUAUAUGCAUAUCCAGGAGAAUGUGGAAAUACCUUUCUCUUACUGGAAUUUGUUGAUGAAAAUAGCUGUCGCAACUUACUUUUGAAUUGUCAGUGCUCAAAUAUUGCAGAUUCAAUUCCUAUUUGCACUCGUCUUAUAAAAUUUAAACGAAAAUAUGAAUACAGGGAUCCAAAAAUGCCUGUAGAUGUAAUAGAAGACAUGACUACAGCUUCAGAUUACAAACCAGAAACUGUGUCCAAUGUAAUAAAAAGUAUUUAUACAUCUGAGCAGCUCUCUGAACUGAGUAUAAGACUACGGUUCUUUUUUUGCGCUGUAAUAAAAGAUUCAAUUUCUGGACUAUUUCCAAAUUGUGAUGUCAUACCUUUUGGUUCGUCUGUUAAUGGCAUAGGCAGGGAAGGUUGCGAUUUAGAUGUAAUGAUUCGACUUUAUCCUGAACAGAUGGAUGAAUCGGCAGACGUGACAAAUAUAUCACAAUUAGCAAUUUGCGUGAAGAUGGUAUUUUCUGAUUUUACAACAAAAGAAGAAUUCCUUAAAGUUCUGCCAUUAAAGGGAAGCACCAGAGGAGAAGAUAUCUUUUCUACUUUUAAAAAGUAUAUAGCAGAUGUAAAAUUACCUGUACAAAAGUUAUCGUCAAUGACAACAGACGGGGCACCAGCGAUGACUG